CCCGUCGGCCUAUGAGAUGCUGGAGAGGUUCAGUUUUCCCAAGGGGAUCCUCCCAGAGGGCGUGCAGAGCUAUACACUGAACCAAGAUGGAAGUUUUGAGGUGUUUCUGAGCGAAGACUGUGAGUUCAAGGUGGAUGGUGGCUACUUGUUGAAGUACCAAAAGAAGAUCACAGGGAAGGUGGAAUCUGGCUCGCUCACCAGUUUGAGAGGGGUAAACGUUAAGGUCGUUCUUAUGUGGUUUGGAAUCAAUGGAGUGGUGAGGAGUGGAGGAGAUCUAAAUUUCUAUGUUGGUCCACUCUCUGCAUCCUUCCCCCUCUCCAACUUUGAAGAGUGCCCGAAAUGCCGCUGCGGAUUUGAUUGCAUCACUGCCGCUGCCCUGGUAGCAGAUUCUUAGGCCAUCACUGUUGGUGCUGAUCUUUGCCUUCUCUCUGCUCUUGUCCUUUGUAUUGUUUACAUUGUAGGUUGGGGAUUUCAUGGAGGAUGGUGUAAUUGUUAUUAUUGCUGUUUGGAUAUCGAAUUGAUUAAAGAUUAUGUGCUCCAUAUCCAUUGUUGGUACGCUCUUGUUAUUAAAGUUAUACUGCAAACUGUUGACUUAGUAUUCAUCUGUUUGAGAUUCAAUGGAAGAACUCAUCUCUCCUUUUUAUUUA